AUGUUCACCCAUUCCUUCUACUCAAAUCUUAACCUGUGGUUCCAAGAAGCUGGAGCAUGCACAGAGACCGUACCGUAUCCAACCAUCUUGGCAGACAGGCUAAACCUGGUUGAAGGUAACCGACAGGUCUCAAAUCCAUCGUUGAGAACUGCAGAAACAAGGAUAGAAAUAUGCCUGAAUGAAACAGCGGUCUAUGAGAGAUGCCCUUUGCUGUCUUGGCCUCAAGGUAAAAAGAUGGCCUAUCAAAAGGUGAAUGCAGAUCAGAGAGCCCCAGGACAUUCUCAGUACUUAGACAAUGAUGACCUUCAGGCCACUGCCCUUGAUCUGGAAUGGGACAUGGAACAGGAGUUGGAGGAGCCUGGUUUUGACCGUUUUCAGCUCGAUGGUGCUGAGAAUCAGAACUUGGGGAAUUCAGAAACUGGGGACCUGGAUCUUGAUUCCAUUCAGCCAGCCACAUCCCCCAAAGGAAGGUUCCAGAGACUUCAGGAGGACUCAGACUAUGUGAGCCGUUACCCAAGGACGACACCAAAGAACAGCCACUGUAAUAUUUUUCGCUUCUCUAAAAUCUUUUGCACUCUGACCCUCUUAUUUAUUUUGGGGAUUGUGAUUGGAUAUUAUGCACGUACAAAAUGCCCUUCGCUGGAUCCAUCUCCAGGAAUGUCAGAUCCUCAGCUGUACCAGGAGAUCCUAAAGGAGAUCAAAGCAGAAGACAUCCAGAAGAUUUUCAGGCAUUUGAUACAAUUGUCUAAAAGUGAAGAUGACACAGAAUUUGCAGAGAAGCUCAAGGUUCAGUGGACUUCUCGUGGCCUAGAAGAAGUGCAGCUUUUCAAUUACUCUGUCCUGCUUAGCUUGCCGGGCUCUUCUCCAAACACGGUGACUCUGAAGAACAGCAGCCAGUGCUUUUAUCCUGAUGGCCAGCCAUGUGACCAAGAGCCCAGAAAGGAUCCCAGCCAAGGACUGCUGUACUCAUAUGCUGCCUACUCUGCCAGAGGAACUCUCGAGGCUGAAGUCAUUGAUGUGAGGUAUGGGACUGCAGAAGAUGUAAGCCGGAUUCAAGUGAUGAAAAACGUAACCAAUAGGAUCGCCCUGCUAAAACUAGGAAAACUUCCUUUACUCUACAAGCUUUCACUGCUGGAAAAAGCUGGGUUUGGAGGCGUUCUUCUUUAUGUCGAUCCUUGUGACUUACCAAAGACUACCAACCUCAGCCACAGCCCCUUCAUGGUUUCACUGAAUCCUGGAGGAGAUCCUUCUACACCUGGUUAUCCCAGUAUUGAUGGAAGCUCCAGAGCAGGCCGAUCCGACCUCACACGUUUGCUGGUGCAGCCCAUCUCUGCGUCUCUGGCUGCCAGUGUUUUUGCUUUGCCCAAGGAGAGGGAUCAGACUGAUACCUGCAGGCCUCUGCAGCUCCCACAUGAUGAAAUCAGAAUUGUCACAAUGAAAGUUCAGACGGUCACGGAAUACAAGACACUCACCAACAUUGUUGGCUAUCUCAAAGGAGCUUCAUUUCCUGACCGGUAUAUCAUUGUGGGCAGCCACCAUCACAGUCCUUAUGGUUACAACGGACAAGAAUGGGCCAGUGGAACUGCCAUCAUUACAGCGUUUAUCCAGGCCUUGAUGUUAAAAGUGAAAAGAGGCUGGCGACCUGAUCGAACCAUCAUCCUUUGUUCAUGGGGAGGAACAACAUUUGGCAAUAUUGGCUCCUACGAAUGGGCAGAGGAUUUCAAGAAAGUGCUUCAGAAAAAUGUUGUGGCUUAUGUCAGCCUUCAUAACCCCAUAAGGGGUAACUCAAGCCUGCAUCCCAUAGCAUCUCCUUCUCUUCAGCAACUGGUUGCAGAGAAAAAGAAUUUCAACUGCUCCUGGAGAACAAAGUGCCCAGAAGCCAACCUCAGUUCUGUGCAGAUGCAAGGAGAUGGAGAUUUCUUCAUCAACCACCUCGGAACUCCCAGUCUGCAGGUUGUCUAUGAGGACCUCAAAACAUUAGAGGGUCCGAGCUUUCUCUCCGAGGCUCUUUUUCCUGUACGGGCUGCAGAAAUUGAAGAAUUGGAUCCUUUGUUCAACCUUCAUGAAACUAUUGCCAAGCUCUCAGGAGAAGUGAUUUUGCAAAUUGCCAGUGAUCCAGUUCUGCCCUUUAAUGCUCUGGAUAUAGCAUUAGAAGUUCAAAACAGCCUUAAAGGUGACCAGCCCCACAUGUUCCAGCUGCUGGAGAUGGCUUCUCACCUGAGGGACAGCGCAGAAUUGUUCCAGUCAGAUGAAAUGCGCCCUGCUAAUGAUCCUAAGGAGAGAGCCCCCAUCCGUGUCAGGAUGCUGAAUGACAUUCUCCAAGACCUGGAGAAGAAUUUCCUAGUACAGCAGGUGCCUCCAGGUUUUUACCGAAACAUUCUGUACAGGCUGGAUGAGAAGACCCACCAGUUUUCUAUACUCCAUGAAGCUUGGGAACAGGAAAAGUUACAUCUGUCAAAUGAGACCCUUCAAGCAGCCCUGUCCAUGGUGCUGAACAGCAUCAAUUCAGCUCAGGUUUACUUCAAAGCAGGACUUGAUGUGUUUGAGAGUGGCUUGCUGGGAAAGAACUGAGGAAAUUCUCAGCAUUUUAAAAAAGUUUGUUUACAAUUCAACAAGCAAAAUCUCUAGUCUGACCAGAAUUUCUGUGAGGUUGAAGGCUUUUUUUCAAUCGGUUUUCAACUGUUGUCUAAAAGUACUAUUAUGUAUUUAAAAAUAUACAUGAAAAAGAGCCUUUUGCACAUUUAAUAUUUUUCAUACGUCUACAUUUUGAAAUGUGUAAGAGCAAGUUAUAAGAUUAACCCUUAAGAUUUAUCUUUUAGAAAGAAACCUGCUGUAUUUUUAUAUACGUAUUGAAAAAAAUACUAUGUUUUGGGGAAUGAAGCCCAAAAAGUUCUGGACAAUCUUUGCUCCUGUGGAUGAAACACAUAGGAAUGUUAUUUAUCUCCUACAUGUAAGCACUAUUAAUGACCCAGUUUCUUAAAUAGAAAUGGAGACUUGAUAAAGUUGCAGUUUAAUUUCAAUGGUAAGUGUUUUUUAUGAAGAAUUCAGUUGUUUUGACUGAGUGACCAGUUGACCAAAAAUUCAUUUGAAUGUUUCAGUUUGUGAAAUGAAGUGCCUGAUCUUAACACAACUAGAUGUAGUAAUACACUGGUUACAAAACUAUAGUUUUCAAGUGUUACCAAUCAAAGAGCCAUAAACAAUCCAGAAAAACUCGAGGUAUAUCUGCACAGAACAAUUUAAAUGUAAAUUUUCCCUAAUAAGGUAUGUAGUGACUAGCUUUGAACCACCUCAUUUGUCUCACUUGAGUUUGUAAGAAUGUAAAGAAAGGUACAAAUCUGUGAGACAGAAGAAUAUACAGGGAUCCUGGAUGGAACCACUGCAACCUUAAAAUGGGACCCCCUUAAAAUGGACUGGAUCAAGCAACCUUGUGAGGCAUUUCCUCCAAGAACAAGUCUGAAGCAUUUUUAUAGAAAUGAAGACCAAGUUUCACUUUGAAAACAUAAAUAUUUUAGAAAGAAGACAGUUACUCUCUCCAUCACUGAAGAAAAGCAUAUCUUUAAGAAUGAACAUGGUUGAUCUGACCCAGUGGAAAUUUUUCUAAUGUUUACUGAAGGAAAUCCUGGUAGCAGUUCCUCCAACCCCAUCUGACCUCUUUAAUGGUAGUGUUAGGUGCUGAUGACUCCAAACAUGACUCUGGACAAGAGAAUGUAAUUUAGGGUAUGGUGGUUCUGGUACUAGCUCAGUGUGGGAAAUGAAUUGGUUUUAUAGUUAGAGUUUAUCUUUUCUCUCCCACCCUUUUAGAGCAACUUCCACUUUUAUAGACUGAUCUGGCUAUAGAUGAAUAAAACAUCUCCUAAAUCUACUAUCCUCCAUAAUCUCCUAUCAGGUAACAUUUUAAACCUCUACAGUAUUCUCUAAGUCUAUUUGAAAAUUGUAUUUCUGAUAUCAGAUAAACUGAUUCCAUUUGGAAAUCCUAUUUUCAAUCUAUUUCAUGUCAAUUUCUUAUGCCCAAUGAAACACCCUUGUUUUACAUGUCACUUUAUGUCAGAUAUCCUACUCUCAGAUUUCCUAGUCUAGCAUUUGGUUGAGGUCAUGUUCUUGGAGGCCUAUAGAUUUUGAUUUUCUAGUCUUCAGCUUUGAUUUUUCCAUUAUUUUUAGGGUAAAAAAAUUCACCAAAAGAUAAAGCUUGUCCUAAGCACAGUCAAAAGUGUAAAGAAAGGUUAAUCAGUAUCAAUUAGUUGAAUGAUAUGGAUCAAGAUGUCAUUUCCAUAAGCAGUCUUUAUAUCAUAGAAAAAAUUUCAGUAAACAUUUAUUAAAAGCCUACUAUGUGAAAAGACACUUAAAGUGCAGACAAAAAUGGAAUAAUUCCUAUCUUUAAGGAGCUUAGAAUCUACUUGGGAAAUACAGAAUUUGAGGCAGUUAGCUGAAUAAUUCAGCCCUGAAAGGGCAAUUACAAUGUGAAUUAUCCCAGUGGAUCCACUUUAUUUUAAGAAUCACUUCCUCCCUGCAAAAGGUUUUCUAAAAGUACUCCUUUUGAAAUGUUUGUUUCUGCCAUAUUGGAGGAGUUUUCCAUAGGGAAGACCUGGAGGCUUGCCAAGUCAGGUUCCUCCUUAUAUUAUCUUCAAUUCCUUCUCUUGUUCUUCCAAGAUAAACAUUACAGCACACAAGCUCAGGACACCUGGGGCCAAACAGCAUAGAACAUUUUGGAAACACUCUCUUUGUGCAGGUAUUUCUUAAAUAUUUAAUCAGGUUUCAGGGCAAACCUUCCUAGUCUUUCUAUAGGGACGCAGUUUUUUGUUUGUUUUGUUUUCAUUUUGAAAAUCUCUCCCAGUCUGGACUCAUCUCUAAAUAAAUGUGUUAUUCCUUUAAAGCAUCUCUAGUAGAAAAUCAUCUACUUUUUAAAAAUAAGGGUCAUAUACCCCUCUAAAUCAAAUGAGGCACAGACAGAAUAACCUGGAGAUAACCUAUAUCAGCCUUCAAAAUUUUAUGAUGUUCCAUAUUUGAAUGUGGGCUGUUAAUUAUGAAUGACGAGCAUGAUUUUUAUUGGUCCAUUUAAGAGAAGUCAUGAAGAAACUUAACUGUGAUUAAACCAGAUGCCAAACUGUUGUGUGAAAUCUACAAUAGAUCUUUCUUUAAGUAUAGCAAACCUCCUAACCAGCAGUGCAGCAGUGUUAUUGCCGUGCCAUGCUCAGGGGUCUACCAAUUUGAUUUUAUUCGAUCUUGUGUGUGUGUGUGUGUGUGUGUGUGUGUGUGUGUGUGUGUGCUACAGCAACAAGAGGACUGAUAACUUGGACACAUUAAGAAAAUAACAGAAAUGGGUUUUUUCCAUUGACUAGGAAAGUCUCCAAUGGCCUCUCAAAUGUAUGGUGUUCUCCCCUUCCCCUUAGCUCCAAGUACAACUCCACCAAUUCAGCCACACAAAGACAUCCCAAAGUGACAGAGCAGGGAGAUGACUUUACCUAGGGUUUUCUAAGGUAGACUUCUCAGGUUUCUAUACCUGUUCAUCGAGUCAGCAAUUCUAGAUCUACAAUGAAUUGCAAUAGUCUCUGCUCCUACCCCCCUUUCUUUAGGUAAGAUGUAGUCCUACAUUUACAGAUAGGACAACUGAGGCCAGAGAGAUGGAUUUGUUCAGUCAUAAACUUAGUGGUGAAAUCUAGAAUUCAGAUCUCCUACUUCUCAUGCUACUUUACCUCCCAGAGGAGCAAAGGCUAUCCCUCCCCUAGUGUUCUUUACCUUUGUGCAUUCAGCCAUUCCACAGCUGCUGAGCACAGCCGGUCUGCUGCUUCAGAUGGUGGCAAGCUCUUUGUCUGUCUUUAGCCAGGCACUAACACAGCUACCUCCAGAGAAUUCAGAUGAGGGGCAUGUAAAAGAUGUAUGCUAAGGAAAGCACAGUACUACUGCCCUACCAACUGGGAAGGGGAAAACUGAGCUAAGUAUUUCAUGUUAGAGCAAGUUGGCUCAAUAUUAUCAUGACCAUCUAAAUUACUUUUGGUUCACAUUCUUAGGCAUGUAUUAUUUAGUGACAUGGGUAAGAGAGUUACACUGCUAGAAUAUCAAACAGGGCUCAAGGAUUUGGGGCUGAUGUUCACAAUGGUAACACAUUGUUUCAAAAAGAAUAAUGGGCAUAGUUAGUCAAGGACUAUCGUUAGUCCAAUCCCUUCAACAUGGUCAGUGAUCGAAAAGCAAAAAGGCAGCUCCCAUGUUUCUGGUACUUGAUUAGUAACAGAUAGAUAAUGAACUAUCAGCUUCAUCCUGCACACACACACACACACACACACACACACACCCACCCCAACCAC